AUGGAUGAGGAGAAACGGCAGCAGUAUAGAGAUGAAAUUAGAGUAGGAGGAAAUCAUUCCAUUAUUCGUAUCAUUGGAACACACGGACCACUGUUUAUUUGUGAAGAUCCUUUACAGUAUCUGCAAGUCUUGCCACAGGGAAGAAAGAAGCACUAUGAUAGCACUCAUCUCAGUAUUGAAGAACUGGAAUACUUAAACCAUUCUUUUGCCAUCAUUUUUGAUAGAGUUGAGGAUAAAGAGCUCCGUGAUGUUUUGUACAAGCGACAUACUCUUUCUUGUAAAGCCUAUCGUUAUCUUACAGAUGUGAUGGGACUUCAUUUGCGACAUGGGAGCCAAUUCGGAGCGGCGUUCAUUGGAUACAAGGAUAUCAAUGGACAUGGUGAAUGUUUGAUUUUUUUUGGUCCUCUCUCACAUUUGGAAACUGUAGCGGCUGUACGAGUUGCUUCUAGUGUUGGGAAAGAGGCAUGGGUGUUACUGGAGGAAUCAAGAGAGCAACAGCAUUCUAACAACAACAGGAAUAACGAAAGCGAUAAUGACGAUAAUAAUAAUAAUAGUAGUAGUGGUGGUGGUUUCUCUAUUUUAAAACUUGGUAAAAAUCGUCGUGGGAAGCAAAUGUUCCGACAGGAGUAA